AUGACUAUUGCCAUCUCACUAAACCAGUCUAAAGAGCUCUCCCCAGAAGAAUCUGAAGAAGAGGAUUUACGAAGAUAUUAUUCGUUUACCUACUUUCACAGUGAACUAGUUCGUAAAACUCAAAAUGGUUUGAAAGUAACGGAAAAUGAAAUUGAUAUGCUGAAGAAGAAACUCACUGCUGAAUGGAAAUGGAAGCAAUAUAUCGUUUGUGAAAAACCAGUGGAACUUUUUUCGUUUGUCUCUGCCAAAAUGUCUGUCAAAACCUCUGUACCUGAAAUGCUCUAUGCAAAAGUAUUCACUAACCAACAUCUCCGUGAAAACAUUCUCAGUUAUCUCUCUGAUGAUUUUAGGAAGAAUUUGGAUGUUAGAUUGGUAAAUAAAUCAAUAAACACCACAUUCCUACGGCUAAUCAGAAGAAAUCAUCGAACAAUGAAGAUUGAAUAUGUUUGUGAGCGGAAAGAACAGGAGAAAACUUCAAAGGAUUUUAUUUUCAUCAAUUAUCGAAAAGUCAAGACUCAGGAUGUUCUCGGAUACUUCAUUUUCCUAAAUACUGCUGUAGAUGUUAGGGUUGAGAAGAUUACAACAAGAAGGUUAUGGAUGUUGAAAAAUAAAUUCAUGCUCAGACUUCAUGACCUCAUUCAUUCUCAACUGAUUGGGAGCAACGGAGCUCAUAUCCAAUCUCUAAUAAGCCUGGAGGAAAUCUGCAAUGGAUGUGAGAAGUGUUUUAAUAUUGCCAAGAAGUGUGUCGAGUAUGGUCCGUUGAGAUUCAGUACACUACAAACUAUGACUUAUUCAAAGAACUACAAUAAACUGCAUGUGUCUGAUAAACUAUUCGAAGUCAUUGCAGAGUACUGUAUCUCUAAGUCAAAAAACAAAGAAGAAUGUUUCAAAGAACUGGAGAAAACUAUUCUUCCAGUUAUUUCUUGUGAUACACUUUCUAUUUGGAUAGAUGAGACCAGAGUUUUCCCGGAUGGAAUGGAAGGUCUUGAGUAUGACCAUCGUCAUAUGCCACGAGAAGUUAUCGAUAGCAUUCUGAGGAAAUGGAGUGUAAAAUCUAUUCAACUCAAUAUGAUAUAUUUCACGAGUGAAGGGAUGUGCAGUGUCGACUUGUUACAGUAUGACUAUUUCGCUCGAGUCAGACUAAAUGAUCCAUAUUUCAAAACACAGAAGUCUCCAGAUCUAAAGUUCACUCAUGUCGAUGUGGAAAUGUCGGAUUCGAUCUAUUGUGUAAGAGAUCUAGGCGUUCGCUAUCCAAAAUCAGAAUCUCCCAGAGGAUAUGCCAACUUUAUUCCAAAUAUCAGAAGAUUAUUCCCAACUGACAAAAUAUCGAUGGAUCUGUCACAUUGGUGUUGUAUAGCCAAUAGUUAUCUAUUUCUAUCGGUUAGGACAGAAACAGACUUCGAGAACUAA